AUGUGGUCCAGCGUGCUGUCCCGAAGCGAGCAGCUCGACGCCGGCCCGCCCGAGGCCCUCCCCCAGGAGGUGCUCCCCGCAGCGCUACCCAAGGCGGCCCCGGACCACGACGCGCUCACCACCGUCGUGAACGCGGCCAUUGCGACGCACCUGUUCGAGCACCUGUCGCGCAUGGACAGCAUGGAGGAGCAGGUCAACCAGCUCAAGGAGCAGCUGCAGGCCUUGGAGAAGGCGCCGAGGGCAUUGCGCGGCCAGACCGCAGAGCACAACGAGAGCGAUGUGGACAGCCCGCGGACACGGCGGGCGCUGCACGAGGGUGCCGCCCGUGCCGACGAGCUCCAGGAGCUGGAGGCCCGGGUGGAGGAGCUCGCCGCCUCCGCGGCCGAGCACCGCGACCUGCCCACCAAGGAGUUUCUGAUCGACAAGUUCAACAAUGUCGAGGGCGAGAUUACGAUGAUGCGGGAGGAGGCCGGGAUUGUCCGCGAUCACUUCAUAUGGUUCGAGAAGCAGAUCGAGAAGUGGCGAAUUAGUUGGGCCAUGUUCGCCCUGAGCGCCACCACAAUGAAGGAGAGCGAUAGAAAAGAUUGCAUGGAGCGUCUGAAGGAAGAGGAGUCUCGCCUCGCCGAUGCCUACUUCGUGUCCCGAAUCGCCAGCACAAAGACCGAAGACGAAGCCCUCGGGGAGUGUCCCUCGAGCCGCUAUGUGACCACCUCCGCGUCCGUGUCCGAUCGGGCGAGCACCAUCAAGUCGUUUCCAUUAAACUCCCGGUCAAACACUGCUUCGAGCACGAAGGUUUCCAGGCAGACCGCCGCCUUCAGCCCCUUCAGCCUCACAUGGCAGCAGUUGACGGGCAAGGAAGCAAUGGCCAACCAGGAGCACGAGGUGAACUGCAGGAUCAUGCUCAACGAGACGCCGCGCUCGAUGUUCGUGAUGCUCGCGACGAGGCGGCCAGGCCACCUGAGCAGCCCCGUCUUCAGAACCAAGUUUGACAAGAAGGCCGUCUGCCGCGGGCUGCCCGCGGAGCUGGUCCGCGGCGUCGGCCAUGGCGUCGACCGCGGCACCAGCGCCCGCCCGGAUAUGGGGGUUCACCGUUCCACCUUCUGGGCCACGGUGAUGGUCGGGUCCGAGGAACAGGGCGAAAAGCUCGUCGAAGGCGCCUUGAAGCUCGCCAGGCAGCCGCUGCCGACGGGCCGCCCUUGUCUCUUCAAUAUUGCGCCGGCGCUCGCUGUUCGGGUCAGCCUGGCGCUCGGGGCGGCCCCCGCGCGGCAGGGCUUGUCGCGGCGCAGCCACUCGGCGCCACUGGCCCCCACGGGCAUCCGCCGCGCGCAUGUCCAGCCCGACGCGAGUGCGCCCACGCCCGACGCCGACGCUGCCGCCGCGCACGGGUCAGAAGCCGAGCCAGUGACCGCGCCAGGGAUCGCGGCGCUCCUGAAGGAGCAGCUGUAUCUCCUCGGAGCCCUCCCGGUUGGCCUGCCCGCCUUCGCCGCCGCGCACUUCGUGGGAUGCCUCAAGACUGCGUUCCUGGACGCCUCGUUCGGCGUGUUGUUGCUGACGUCGGUCUCCAUAGACACGAGCGCGGCGCAGGCGCAGGCGCAGCAGGUUCUUCUUCUGGAGGUCACCGCCCUCGCCGUCGUGGCGGUGCUCAUCGGAACUGUGGCCACGAAGCUGAUGAACGACAUACUCAUGCUGGACGAGGAGGAAGUGGAUGACAAGGAGGAGAGCAUCAGCGUCGGCGACUCCGUCAGGGUGGUGGCCGAUGAGCAGGCUCUGAGGCACGCCCUGAGCUUGGCUGGGCUCGAGUGGGACGACGACAUGCGGCGCGUCCUCGGGACGACGCAGGAGGUGCUGGCGGUGGACGAGGAAGGCGGCCUCGUCGGCCUCAAGGAGGCCAUCGCUGACAGCGGCGAGCCCGUCUGGUACUACCCCUUGAGCUGCGUGAGCCUGCAG